AAAUCAAUUUAUGACAAGAUCAAAGCACAGUUUCACUGUGUGGCUUUUGUCUCCGUGGGUCAGAAUCCUAAUUUGAAGAAAGUCUUCAAAGAUAUAUUCUAUGACCUUGAUAACAAAAUAUUCAGUAACAUUCAUAAUACAGAAAAGGAUGAAAGGAUUCUCAUGAAUGAACUCCGUGAAUUUCUUGCGGACAAAAGGUACCUCAUCAUAAUCGAUGAUAUAUGGGAAGAAGAAACAUGGAAAUGUAUAAACUGGGCUUUCUCAAGAAACAGUCUCAGUAGCCGGAUAAUCACAACAACACGCAAAGUCGGUGUCGCUCAAGCAUGUCUCUCUUCUGUUGAUGACAUAAUUCAUGAAAUGAAACCUUUGUCUGCUGGAGACUCACAGAUACUCUUCUAUAGAAGAAUAUUUCAAUGUGAGAACAGCUGUCCAGAUGAACUACAGAAAGUAUCUAAAGACAUAUUGAAGAAAUGUGGUGGUGUGCCUUUAGCCAUCAUUACUAUCGCUAGUCUUUUGGUUAGUAAUCAACAGGUAAAACAAAAGGAUGAGUGGUUCCAUUUGCUCAGCUCUAUUGGCCGUGGACUUACAGAAGGUGCUACCGUGGAUAACAUGAAUAACAUAUUGUUGUUAAGCUAUUAUGAUUUGCCUUGUCACCUGAAGACUUGUUUUCUAUAUCUUAGCAUAUUUCCAGAAGAUUUUGAGAUUGAGAAAGAGUGGCUGAUAUGGAGGUGGAUAGCUGAAGGUUUUAUCCAGCGGGGAAAAAAAGGAAGUACUAUGUUUGAGGUUGGAGAAACAUACUUCAGUGAGCUCGUGAAUAGAAGCUUGAUCAUGCCACAACAAUUAAAUAGCGAGGAAGAGGUGAUAUCUUGCCGUAUACAUGACAUGGUGCUUGAUCUCAUAUAUUCAUUGUCAAGUGAAGAAAACUUUGUCACUGUGUUAGACAAUACUAGGCAGUACAUGCCUAAUCUGCAUAGCAAAGUUCGAAGAUUAUCACUGCAAAAUAGCACGGUGAAACUCGACGAUCAUCAGUUUGAUGUGUCAAAAGUCAGGUCAUUUGCUAUUUUUCCUCCUGCUACCGGUUAUUGGUUGGCAUCUCUUUCAAGUUUGCAGUAUUUACGUAUACUGGAACUAGGAGAUGUUAGAGUUUACUCUUUUGGGUGCAGAGUGGACAGUAGCCAUGGUUUUAGUGUCGAGCAUAUUACCAAUUUAUUUCACCUAAGGCAACUAGUGAUCAACGACUCAGAUGUUAAGGAACUCCCACAUGACAUAGGCAAGUUACGGUUUUUGCAGUCACUGGACAUAAGUAGAUCUGGUAUAAAAGAGAUACCUGCAAGUUUUGUUCAGCUACAACAUUUGAUACGUCUGUGUCUCGGUGAAGGAACAGUACUGCCAAAAGGAUUUGGGAACUUGACAUCCCUUGAAGUGCUGAAAGGAAGAGAAGUGUCAUUCUCAUCUAUUGGCACUGUUAAAGAGCUGCCCAACCUGACAGAGUUAAGGGUGCUCCAUCUUUCCUCCAACCUGACAGACUUUAGGAUGCCCCAUCUUUCCUGUGAUGAAAUGGACAAGAGCACAGCUCUGAUGGAGUCUCUUGGCAGCUUGCGCAAACUGCAAUCUGUGCAGAUUGAUGGAAGAAGCGGGCUGGUGAAACUAAUGGGUGCGCGCUGGGUGCCCCCUCCACGCCUCCGCAGUUUUUUGUCACGGGAUAAAUUCUUGACACUGCCGAAAUGGAUUAAUUUAACAUCACUUCCUCACCUCUCCUCUCUGUACAUAAGUGUGAUAAAUUUGCACAAGGAUGACAUCAACAUUAUUGGGAUGCUUCCUGCUCUUCGCUACCUCUUCCUGCAUGCUCUAACUGAAGACAAGUUUCCUUUAUCGGUCGUGAGGGCCGGUGCAUUCCCAUCUGCCAUAGAGUGCGCGUUCCGUGGAAUUAUAACUUGGCCGUGUCUGUUUGCACCUGGAAGUAUGCCAUGGCUUAAGCGUCUUUCCAUGGGGAUGACCUAUCAUGUGAACUACCAAAGUGGUGAGGUUGAUGUGAGCAUGGCGCACCUCCCUUGUCUUGAGCGUGUCGCUGUUUAUUCUUGGGGUGGUAGCAACGCUCGUGCUGCGCUGAUGCAUGCAUGGGAGGCCCACCCCAACCUUCCCACCGUUGAGUUCUGGAGAUGCAAGGAAUACUGCGUUGAUGGCUACUACGCGGUGCCGCACAUCAACAUGCUAUUACACGAGCUCAUGCCCAACGGUAGCCUCAACGGCAUCCUCCACGGGAAGAAGGAGGAGGAGAAGCAGGCGCUCCUGGACUGGCCAGCAAGAGUACUUCGAGACCAGGAGGGCGACAGCUACGGCGUCGUCUUGCUUGAGCUUCUCACUGGGAAAAGGCCGACUGACGAAUCCUUCCUCGAGAACGGCACACGGCUCGUCACCUGGUUAUAG